UCCACCUCUCGGCUGUCACUCUCACGUCCUUCCAUCUGUAUAUCUAUCCGUUCUGUCAUUUGUGUAUCUGCUUUCUUUCUUUGCUUCCUUUCUAUUUUUCUUUUGGCUCUGAUUGUUUUGUUAUGUACUCUUCAUCGAAUUCUUUCCUGGGCGGCGCCAAUAGCGCUCGCCCGGGACUGGCUCCAUACAUGCAGCAACAGCCUACCUUCUCUCAAUUUCCUCAGCAGCAACUGUCCCAACCUCAGCAACAGCCUGGGUUUGCGCCACAGCCGACCGGAUAUCAGUCUCAAUUACCGGUACCUGGAGCUUCACAGCUUCAACCUCAGCCUACCGGACUCCCUGCCGGGCAAUUCAGGCCUCAAUUUACUGGCUUUCCCAGCGCGGUGCCAUCGCAGCAGCAGGGCUUCCAGCCUCCUGUCCAGCAGCCACAGUUCACGGGUUAUCCUCCCCAGAGCCAACCUCCGCCACAGCAGGUCCCUGCGACUACUGGGUUACCGUACCGCCCGGCCCCGAAGACCUCAUCCGAGAUGGCAGAUUCGUUCCGAUCUUCUGCUGGCACAAGUGCCCGCCCCCCCUCCAGCUCUGGUUCGAAAAUCCCGAACAUUAGACUCUCGUUCAUUACGUCCCAAGAUCAGGCCAAAUUCGAGCAGCUUUUCAAGUCGGCGGUCGGGGACAGUCAAACAAUGGACGGAGAAAAGGCCAAGGAACUCCUUUUACGGUCGAACCUUCCAGGGAGCGAUCUUUCCAAGAUAUGGGUGCUAUCGGAUACCACUAAAUCGGGGCAAUUAUUCUUUCCUGAGUUUGCUUUGGCCAUGUAUCUCUGUAACCUGAGACUGACGGGUAAGGAAAUCCCAACCUCUCUCCCCGAGAAGAUCAAAAAUGAGGUUUCAAGCAUGGUGGAUAUCAUUUCUUUUGGCGUUCCCGACACAAAUCCUGAGCCUGUGGUGAGGACGAACGUGCCGAAUUUUGAUGCUCCGCUCAUGGAGAAUAAGUUGGCUCCUCCGGCGCCCCAGCAGCCGCAACCACAACAGUCGACAAACUCACAGCUCCUCAGUCGGCUUGCUGCCCAACCCACCGGCUUUUACCCUCAGCCAACUGGUUUCCAGCCGGGCCAGGGUGCUCCUCCAGCUCAGAGUCUCGCACCGCAACCGACUGGCUUCCCGGCGCAGAGUGCGCCGCAGAUAAUGCAGACGCAACCGACUGGAUUUAUGACAAACCCCCAACCCACCGGUUACAGCGGGCCUCGUCCGCCACUCCCGCCCAUGCCAACCGGUUUCGGUUCUAACCUCACUCCAUCGCAGACAGGAUCGGCUCCGCUUGUUGCGCAGCCUACAGGCAUUCCGGGCCAGUGGGGUUUUGUGAAUGCUCCUUCAACAGGCUUACCUAACAUUGAGGCACUCAAACAGCAACUCAUGCCGCAACCUGGGCGCGAAGGAGGCUUUACAACGGCUGGUCUCUCGGGUAAUGCGACUAUUCCGUGGGCGAUUACGAAGGAAGAAAAGAGGAUCUAUGAUGAUCUCUUUAAGGCAUGGGAUGGCUUACGUAAAGGCUACAUUGGCGGUGAUACUGCCAUUGAAAUCAUGGGCCAAAGUGGCUUGGAUCGAAGCGACUUGGAGCGGAUUUGGACUCUAGCAGACCCCCACAACAGGGGAAGGCUGAACAUGGAUGAAUUUGCAGUGGCUAUGCAUUUGAUCUAUAGGAAGCUCAAUGGUUAUGCCAUUCCGGCCCGCUUGCCUCCAGAGCUUGUCCCUCCGUCUACAAGAAACUUGAACGAUUCAAUCGGAACAGUCAAAUCGCUCUUGUCACAAGAUGCCGAGCAUCGCAAGGCAUCUGGAGCAUUUCUGCAGCCUCAGAAAACUGGUGUUAGUUAUCUCAAAGAACACUCCUUCCGUGGAGGAGCAAGCUCUCCAGGCUUCGGCCGGAAGGAUGCGACCAUGUUUAAAAAUAACGACAAUGCUGCUGGAUACCGUUCGAGUGCGCGCCGUCGGGUAGGAAACAAUGGUCGAACUCCAUCCCCAAGCGCCUCUUCGCAAGCCUCGGAGGAAGAACAUUCUAUCGAGCAGCUAAAGAAAAAGAUACGGGAAACUAAGAUCCUGCUGGAUGCCGUAGAUUUUCAAGAUGCAGAUCGGGCGGAGGAGGAGGAGGCUCUGGAUCGUAGGGAUCGCCGGGAGACAGAAAGUCUUAUGGAUCGGAUCCGCCGCGUCCAGGAUGACAUUGAUACCCAUCCGAACGCAUCUUUCCGUCUUCUGGACAAUGGGGCAGAGCGAAGAUCGCUUCGCCGUCAACUUCAGUCCUACGAGGACCAAGUCCCGCAACUGGCUUCGGAUGUCCGCAGAGUUGAGAGAGAAAUUGCCGAGGCUAGGCUCUCACUCUUCCGCUUGAAAGAUGCCAAGGCCCACCCUACCAGUGCAUCGAACAUCAUCGGCACCGGUCCCGGCGGCACUAUCACAGAGGCGGACCGCAUCAAGGCCCGGGCCCGUGCAAGGAUGCAGGCCCGUGCAGCUGAGCUUGCUGGAAGACCAGUCCCAGUCUCGGAGGAUGACGAGAUGGCUGCCGCUCGUCGCUUGGAGGCCGAAAGUGUCACUGUCAAGGCAGAAAAAGAACGGAAUGACACUAUGACGCAUGAUGUAGAGGAAAGUGUCAGAGAAUUCGCUCGGAGUCUCGAAGAUAGCCUGAAAGGUGAAAGUGAGAAUUCAACUCGUGAGCACGAAAGGCGGCGGUGGGAAGAUGCUCUGGGUGUUGAGGAUGUGAUCCGCGAUUUCAUCUAUGAACUGAAACGCAAUGCUAGGACUGCACAUAUCCGUAAGGAGGAGGAAUCGAAAUCGUCGUCCACUCUCAGUGAGCAGCGUUCCGGACAUGAGUCCUCAUAUACUGAAGGUGCAGGCUCUCUACGGGUUUCUCAUACACCACAACCUACAAGCUCUACAGUCUCGCCAGCACCGUCUACGCCAUCCACCCAUGAAGAGCGUGUUGCAGCUGCAAGAGAACGUGCUCAGAAACGUAUCGCAGAGCGUAUGGCUGCUGCUGGUCUCAAGCCCCAGAACGGUUCGGAAGAAACUCUUCUUCAGCGUCAAGAGCGAGAGAGAAAGGAGCGAGAAGAAAGGCUAAGGCGAGCAGAGGAAGAAGAUAACAGGCGCGAGCAAGAGAGACAACGUCGUUUAGCCGAAGAACGUGGCUCUGCAAGCCCGUCCGCCGCUAAACCGAUUAGUAAAAAGCCACCGCCUCCUCCCUCACGAAAAGUUAGAACAGAUAGCUUCGGCCAGGCCGAUGCGAAGAAGGCAGAGGAAGAAGCUAGGGCAGAGCAGACGGCCCGAGAACAAGCUAUUAGGGAAGAGCAACAGGCACAAGAAGCUGAAAGGAAACGUUUAGAGGACGAAGCAAAACAACAAGAGGAGACCAUCCGGCGAGAGAAAAAGGCCCAAGAAGCCCGUCUCCGAGCGCUUGAAGAACAGGUCAGGCAAGGCAAGAUAAAAAAACAAGAGGAGAAACGGCGGAAAGAGGAGGCCCACCGACUGGCCAAAGAAAACGAAGCCAGACUUGCAGCUCAACGCAUUGAGCUCGAAGCGGCUAAGGAGCGAGAACGACAGCUUCAGAUUGAGUUGGAAGGUCUCAACGAGAGCUCUUCUUCGGACGAUGAAGGACCUGUCAAUAUUACCCCACAAGACAGCACGCCCACCCAGAGCCAGGUGCUUACAGCGACAACUGUUGUGUCUCCUCCAGUGCCGCCUUCGUCAGCCCCAACUCUUCCUGCAACCGCGGUGGAACAAGAGAGGGUACCUAGCCCGGGAGCGAGUUCACCGGCUAGCAGCCGCGCUGGUGCUUCGGGCCCUCCAGCAGAGACAGAAUCCAAGAAUCCUUACUUCAGGAAGAUGGCUCAAUCAACUGACAACCAGGCGAUACCAUCCCCAGCCUUGCCUACAACUGCUGUCAGCUCGCCCAAAUCUGAAGUACAAACUACAAACCCCUUCCAUCGCCUCGCACAGCAGGAGAGUGCCAGAUCCACAUUCACGGCAUCUCGCCCGCUCGAGCCCAAGUCUCGUGCGCGCCCGGAGGAAGAUGACUGGUCUGCGGCAGGUUCCGAGUUUGAUUCAUCUGACGAUGACGAUGACGACCGGGCUGGCGGAGGUAGUGCUAAGCAGUUGGCAAGCAUACUGUUUGGGACCAUGGCACCUCCACGACCUUUGAGUGCUAUGGAUGAUAAGUCCCCGUCAAAAUCAACGACUCCAGUACAAGAAAAUUUGGCUUCGCCGCCUGAGACUACUACGACCAACGGAGAACCACCGGCGCUUUCAGCUGCUACUUUUCACCCUCCUCCGCCUGCUCCUGCAGGAGUCCCUCCGCCACCGCCGCCUCCACCCCCAGUGGCUCCGGGCCCCCCACCGCUACCUGCUCCCCCCGCUCCUCCUUCAGGAAUUCCUCCACCGCCGCCACCAGCUCCAUCUGCAGUAGCUGGAGCGCCAAAUAGGAGUGCUUUAUUAGCCUCCAUCCAGGCAGGCACCGGACUGAGAAAGGUUCAGACAAAUGACCGAAGCACGAGCUCCUCUGCAGGGCGUGUUUUGGACUGAGGGAGAAGGGCGGUAUGCCACGCUAGGCUUGAUGGUAGAAACAUCCGGAUAAUAUGUGCAAGGGGGAUUGAAGAUAUUGGUUGUAUAAAAUAUCCGUUACAUUCUUCCCCCCUUUCUUGUCCCCUCUUUUUCUAUAGUACCCCAUAGCCAUUUGAAGUUCAUUUGAAUUGUAUGCAUAUGUGUAUACAUACAUGUAUACAGUAUGGAGUAUAUCACAAUCUAUAUCCCAGCAUUGGGUGCUAUUUGAGUAUUGUUGCAGUUACUCAUCUCCGCAAAAUUGAAAGUGAAGCUGUUGCUUUAAGAAUUGACAAACGGGCAAAAUAACAACAAUAAUAAUAAAUAAAUAAGCACUGAAAAAAGUAUUCCGUAGUAUGAGACAAAGACAUAUAUAUGCCGUUGUAAAUCAAAUCAAGUGACAACCUCAGCGACAACAUUACCCAAGGUGCUCACACCCCAUAAGGCGAUAAGGCCCCAGCCGAUUUUCCGGUCCAUCUUCCAUUUAUUCAAUGGAAUGACGACCAGUAAACUGACGAGGGUGAUUAAUAACGUGGCCCCACUGAUAACCAGAACCUUGGAAACAGUGAUUUCGUACGAUCCUCUGCUGGCACUAGGUGCUUCUAUGAUUUCCGGUCUCGGCGAGUUCCAGGUCAUAUAGAGACCACCGAUGCCGAUUCCCAGGAGGAUAUUCAACAUAGGGCCACCAAAGCAUGCGCUCAGGGCCAUGACGGGAUACCCUAGACGAGCGACGGUUACAUCCGCUACAAGGUCGCCCAGCGAAUUCCCAACGGCGAAUACAGUAAGUCCAAGGAGGGAGUCACUGAUAUUGAGAAUUACUCCAAUGGUCUUCAGGAGACUGACAACCUCAGUGGCUAUGGUGGCUAUCCAACAGAUAGAGACGACAAAACCGAGCAUGGAAAGGAAAGGGCGCCAUUCGCUUGGCAGAUGAGAGUGACGGCCAUGCCGCGUACCCACUAUGAGACCCGUGAAGCAUAGGAGUGAGAAGAGCAAAGAGCAGAGAGAGGGCAGCAGAAGAUUACGCGGUCUCAAGUCCGGAUCCACACUUGUCCAGCCGAUUACAGAAAUGAAAAAGGGCCCCGCAAAGAGCUGGAUGGAGAGAAGCCAUCGAUUCCAUUCCUUUGCACGGGGUUGUGCCGGCGGGGGUGAGAACUCUUGAGCGACGAGCGCUUCAGAGUCCCAGCAACUUCUUCCCGAAGAAGAGUGUCGGUGCGGUUUAUUGUUCGGGACCACUUCCCGAUGUUCAUUUUCCAAUGUGUCAUCGCAGGCUGUAAUAAAAGGACUGUCUUCUGGUAGUCUCACGAGAGGUGCCGGGUCUUCUCCGUUAUUGGCUGGAGUCACAACUACGGUAAUCGGGUUUGGGACAGCGUCAGGAGGUGGCGGUUCGAUGACUGGUAGUGUAAUCGUCAAGAGCAGCACGCUGGGUGCUGCAAUAGUACCCAAGAGCCGUUCCCAAAUGCUCUUGGAUGUCCAUCCAUAUAAGGAAGGGAAAAGCGUCGAGAGUAAUGAUUCAGGUGGGGGAAGGACCCUGUAAGGCCACCAUUUCACUGGAAUCCCCGACUGGCCAUCCUCUUCGCCAUAUCUGUCAUGUAUCUGAAGUAACUCCGUAGGGCUUGCAGCAGGUGGUAAGCGGAUACUUGGCGCCCGUGAGGAAACCGGACUUGGGGAAUCCUGGAAGGGGGGGAAGGGGAUAAUAGGGCUUUCCGGCUCAGAGUCUUGGUUUCCAGGAGACGGUGACACUGCCUGAGGCGACAAACCUAGCGGGGAACGAGGCAAAGCUGUUUCUGGCUGGUAGUCGGGAAUGCGGAAAGUGUCUGGAUGAGGUGGUGCAAGUAACUCCGGUGUCCGGGCACGCAUUGUUGACGGACGGCUUGAGCUUCGCGAUGGAUAUCUAGAUGAUAACGGCGACACUGUUGACCUGACUCGCUGACCAAUCUGAGCGGGCUCUAGUUGUGUGCUCUCCAGGCCUUCGAUGGGCUCUCUCGAAGACCGACCGACUGACUCAUGGGCUGGAUGCGUUGUGUUGCGAUUAAAAAGGUCUGUGUCUAGCUUUAGUCCUGCGACGUCAUUUGCAGAAACAGCUCUGGUUCGGGCAGAUGCCCAUGCGCUAUUCGGGGACAAGAAUCCCUCGGUUGACGGCCUUGUGGUAUGUGGAUGGGAUGCUACAGAACGAUUGUCCAGCUGAUAGGAAGGCAGAGUAUCGAAAUCAUCCGAGUAGUCGCGGAAAUUAACUGGGAAGUGUUGAUGAGGAGUGUUCCUCGAUUUCAUAAGAGACGAAAGCACGGAUUGGAAUUCAAGGGCGCCAACUAAGCUCGGUCUGAUGGGAUUGAACGUGUUGCGUCUCCUGGAAGUAACAGGGCGCGAAACACGCAUGUUAUCUCGGAUCUCGGCCAGAUAUCGAUUGCGAGUCUCAUCGUCCUCUUCGUCUUUCCAGACUGGUACUUCGGGAUGCUCUAAAUCAUUGAAAUCCUCAGUAGACGCGCCGUGCAGGAGACUCCUUGACUCGGCAACUUCGGGGUCGUCAUCUUCUUGUACUUCGUCAAUAUCAAGCUCCUGGUUUUCUGGGAUAUGAAAAUGAGUUCGUGCUGCGACAUUCCUUUCGUACGCUCUGCGCCGGCGUACACGGUACCAAUGCCAGGUGACGACGGUAACGACGUAGAAGCAGUACAGACCAACCAUUGCUGCAGAUUCCCAAGUGUUCAGUCGACCAUCUGCUAGUACAAUCAUACUGAAGGCCACGGCGAUCACGAAAUAUCCCACGUCGCGAACAAAGCUCCUUCGAGCCACCCUGAAUGGUUGGAUCAGAGCCAUGGAACCCGCGACAACAGAGGUGAUAAAGCCCGCAGCCCCAAUAAGUUCACCGAUAGCUAAACUACCACUGUUCGACCUCAUGGCGGCCAAUGUUGAGAAGACAUCUGGACUUCCAUUUCCAAAUGCCAGGAAUGUAACCCCCGUCAGAUUCUCACUCAUCCCUAGGAUACUGGCCAAAGUGCUCAGGUUGAUACAUAGGAAGUCACUGGCCGCAAUCCCAAUCGUACUGAAUAAUAGAGACAACCAAGCGAUAAUGAUGAUGAAUGCAAGCGGUUUGGCGUGUGCAAGAGUGCAGUAAUAGAACUGAAGGUAUGAGAACAGCCCGUCGUCAUGGUCAGGGCAGUUGAUACGAACGAAGGAACACUGGUCUUUCGCAUUGCGAACAAGAUGGCACUAGAAGUUUAAAGUGUCAGGCCAUUAAAAGUCACUGGAGAUAGCAUAAGGCAAACAUUGGCCGCAAAUACCUGUCCUACUACACUUUUUUCGAGCAGAGGCGACGAAUCUGGGAGGCUACGUCGCAGGAGUUUCGGUGUAGCAGCGAUAUAAGGCCAAUUUUCCAACCUCUCAAACGCAAGACUGGCAAUUGCGAGAAGUGUGAAGAUCAGGAGAGAGAGAUAGAAUGGCUGAAUGGAGUAUCGACGCCUUUGGCGGGCUGGAGUCUGCGGAAGGAGCAUGACGUUGUCGCGGCAUACUGUUCAGCCGGAGAGGACAACCAGCGUGAAUCAAUUUAAGCCAUCAAUGCAUGCGUCUGGGGAAUAUUCCAAUAAAUUAUAUAGUGCUCCUAAUGUAAUUUUGAAUAAGGAGGAGCGGCCGAGAGACGCUGGGAAGGAUAGACGAGAUGAAUAGGGAGUGACAU